AUGGCCACCAAGAUGCCCAGCGGGACUGCGGGGAAGCCCGAGAUUGGCGAGGUCUUGAUGGUGAUACACGACUUCCUGGCCCGUAGCUCCGACGAGCUAACCCUGACAAAAGGCGAUCGCGUCGAGCUGAUUGAGCGCGACGAUGAAUUCGGCGAUGGAUGGUUUCUGGGAAAACACCUCAGCAACGGGAAUACCGGACUUUUCCCCGAAGUAUACACACGAUCUGCGCCCAAUGUCCCGCCCACAGCCACAACCCCUUCCACAACCGCCAUCCCGACACCUCUCGCGCCUCUGGCCGAGAGCUCGCAGGAAAAGCCCGAUGUCGCUGCUGAUGGCCUUUCCAGCACCGUAACCGCAUCUCCGACAAUCGCCGAUGGCCCUGUCACCUUCCCUCUCCAGGCGGCCAAGACCGAGCCCAACCCCGAUCCCGUCUUGACAGCUGAAGACCCUGCGUCGACUUCUUUGAGGAGCCCCUCCGAUGCAGGGACUGGGCAGGAUAGUCAAGUCUUGAAUGACACCCUCAACGUCAUCAACGAACACAUUACCAAUCUACGCUCUCCAGCCAGUAACAGUGGACUCCGAUCGCAGGGCGCCGAUUCCGGGAGUGAAUACAGCGCCUCGUUACACCACCGCGUGUCGUACAUCCAGGGCGAGGAGACUGACGAGGAGGAGGAUGCCACCCAUACACGUGAAGAGGUUGAGUCCUGGACAGCAGACGACGUAGCUGAGUUCUUAUUCACAUCAGGCGUGGAGAAGCAACAUUGCGAGGUGUUCAGAGACCAGGAGAUAUCGGGUGAGGUGCUGCUGACCAUGGAUCAGGGAUCCCUGUUCAUCAAGGCCUUUGACUUGGGAUCGGUCGGCCGACGUCUCAAGACUUGGCACAAGAUCAAGGCCCUUCAAGACGAGGUUUCCGAUGAUAUGCCGACCUCGCGUCCUGCGACACAGACGUACGGCAGUGACAUCGCGUCCGAGGAGGGGGGUGCGCGAGGUAGGGUCAGAACCAGUACUAUGACCACAUCGCCCUCUACCCCCCACACUUCUGCCAGGACUCACCGACUCUCAGCCACCUACACCCCUCCCAUCAUGGCACCUCUCUCUUCACAGGGGAGUCCCACGCAAAACGACCACCGAAGGCGUCCCUCUGCGGCAUCUGUCAGGAACCUUCACCACUCGCGACGCCACUCAUCGACCGACUAUCAAACCAGCAACCCUGGCACCCCAAGGUACUCAGUCAAUGGCGGGAAUUCUGUUACAGGCGCCACCCAUAAGAAGCAGUCCUCGUUCGACCGCAAUUGGACCCUUGGUAGUGCUGCACCCGCGCAGCGCCUCGCCGAAGGUAACUCCGAGCCCGAUCUCCAGGACUCGGCCGUGGAUAUGGACCGUGGCUACUUUUCUGGAACUGAGGUAGAAGGGCGGUCGCGCAACCUACUACGUAAGCGUGACAGUGCUACCGCAGAGUCGAGGAAGUCCAGCUACGCGGAGGAGCAGAGAGUCCGGAGCGCCACAGCCCUAUCGAGGCACUCUCGGUUCGGGAGCGUCGAGUCUUAUCGCGAUAGCUCUCUGCCCAGCCCUGCACAACAAAAGUACUACGGCGCCCAGGCAAUGCCCCACCGGAGGACAGCAUCGACCAACACGACUGAGUCGGUCCGCCCCAUUCCGCCGGCCAAGGACACUCCGCCCACCGUCACCAGGCUUGAUAGCCAGGGGUCUGCCAAGGGCCCGGUGCCUCCUGCCAAGGAUGGUGACUGGCUGUCGUCGCUUGUUCACAAGCCCAUCAGGACGGGCGGUUUCGGUAUCCGGGCCAUCUCGGACAACCUCGGCCUGGACAGGAACAAGCACAACAACUCGAUAGACUCCAAGAACAACUCGCUACCCUCGCCGGCAGCGACGGGUUCCAGCACCCCCUCGGGCGGCCCCAGCCUCGAGCUAGACUCGCCAACGGCGGGCAAGAUCGCCAUGGGGCCGGGUGCUCAGCCCAGCAGCCGCAACAAGGGCAAGAAGGGAAAGAAGGAGACGAGUGCCUACACGCGCGGCCUACUCAGCAUCUCGCCCCAGGAAGCCAUGAAGGAAGCCGACUACAGUGGCUGGAUGCGAAAGAAGAGCUCGAACCUGAUGACGACGUGGAAGCCGCGCUUCUUUGUGCUCCGGGGCCGACGUCUGGCGUACUACUACUCGGAGGAUGAUGACGCGGAGAAGGGCCUGAUUGAUAUUUCGUACCACCGCGUGCUCCCAGCCGACAACGAGAAGCUGACGGGGAUCCACGCGUCCAUCACGGGUGCGGUGGGCGGUCACCAGCCGAUGCCGACGUCUCUGACCGGUGGCGACGACGAGGAGCUCGAAAAGGGCGACGAUUCGACCUUCAUCUUCAAGCUGAUGCCCCCCAAGGCGGGCAUGUCGCGGGGCGUGCACUUCACCAAGCCGACGGUGCACUACUUUGCGGUGUCCAACCUGAAGCAGGGCCGUCUGUGGAUGGCGGCUCUGAUGAAGGCGACGAUUGACCGCGAUGACUCGCAGCCCGUCACGACAACGUACCAACAAAAGACGAUUUCCCUCGCCAAGGCCAAGCAGAUGCGUCACCGUCCGCCGGCACUGAUGAACCUCGAGGAGGCAGCCAUCGAGGACGACUCGUCGUCUCUCGACCAACCCCGCGGUCCAGACGGUCUAGGCCUUUUCAACGGCAUGGACGCUGCCUCUACCGCAGCUGCCAGCAGCAUUGGCACUGGCAAGCCGGAUGACAAGACGGAGGAGUCCUAG